AUGAAAAGAUCUCGUGAUGAAUCGCCGUGUCUUGAAAUGAACACGAAGAAAAACAAAAAUCAAAUGGACUUAAAAACAUUCCUUGGCUUGUUUUUUAUGCGAGGAAAUCACAGCAAAGAUACUACUGAUCUGGUGUUUUCAGAAAAGGUAAACUUUGUAACAGACGAACAGGAAUCUUCUUCUGAUGGUCCUUGCGAAUUUUGCGAAACAUUAACCCUUCUAAAUAAUUGCGAUCACUGUACUCGACCAGUUUGCAGAAAUUGCUCGACGCUUGUUUACAUGAGUGAGAAGACAAACGCAAGAUGUCUUGACUGUAUUUAA